AUGUUAUUAGCUUCCUUUUCUACUGCAUAAAUUGCCAUUUUAGCAUCUCAUAAUUUCAUAUUUUAAUCACAUAGUUUUUUUUCUUUAUUAUCCUUACCAAAUAAUUGUUCCUUUGCUUUGAUGUUUAACUUUCAUCCUUGGAUUUCAUCUAAUUGUUUAAAAUAUCUAUCUAUUAUACCUUUGCAAUAAUAAUAUUCAGAAUUUCUUAAUCAUAAUUUUAAAAAACUUCUUCAAAUCUGUUCAUUGUAUAUGUAAUUUAUAUUUAAUAGAGUAUUUUCCUUGCUGAAGGUAAUUAAUUGUCUGAAAUCUUAAUUUAAUAACUGUUAUAAAAUCAUUAGUCACAAAUAAUUCAAAAAGGAGUGUGAAUAAUAAGAAAUUUAUUAAUUAUCCAAUUAAAAUAAGAAAUUUUUAAAUAUUUUGUAACCAGGUGGAAUUAUUAUUUAAAUUGAUAAUAUGUUAAUUCAAAUGACUUAAACAGAAUCCAUCUUGCGAGGAGGUGGUUGUGGAUCUUGGAAAGCAAACUACACGAAUUCAGGAAUCUCAAUGUUGAAUAAUCAAAACCUCCAGAAUUUCUUUAAGAAGUUCAAUUUUUAUGUUGAGUAAAUUUGCUAGAAGGCUGUUGUUGCUGCUGAUUAAUCAGAAUCUUAAGAAAUAAUGAUAGCUUUAUAAUGGUUUAAAUUUUAAGAAGAAAAUAUUUACAGUCUUAAUAAGAAUGCCUAAAGUGUAGUGAAAUCAUACGAUUUAAUUUUUGGGGGAAUCCAAAAGUUAUUGAAUAGCUGUUUGACCUACAUUCGAACAGAUUCAUUUAAGUGUUUAUCUAUCUUAUAGACAACAGCAUCUCUAUCUAAAGUCAUAUUUAGCUUCCAUGUAAUAAAUGAGGAAAGAUUUAUGAAAUGUGAUUUAUAAAAGAAUAUUUUGGACCUCUCUGAUGAAAUAAGACAACAUAUGGAAAUAGAGAAAAAUGAUUUGAUUCAAAAUUAAAUGGAACUCUAUCUUUUCUUAAUAAAAACUUCUUUUUAGAUUGCACCUAAUAAUAGUAAUGAAAGGGAAGAAAUCUUAAAAGGAUGCUUAAGUGGUAUUAUUAGUUCAAUAUCUUAAAUGAAGCCAAACGAAGAACUGCUUCAAUCAUUAUUUCAAGGUGCUUGUCACCUUUACAAAUUGUAUGUUAUAAACAAUAAUAAAAAAUAAUAUGAAGUUUAUUUCUAAAUAGACAUGUUGUAAUGGGAGAUAAUAAGUUAUUUUAAGAAUGACAAAAUUGAAAUAUAUGAUAAAAUUGUGAAAAAUUCAAAUGAUUGGAAAUAUCAUUAUCUUUGGGUUUAAAUGAUCGGGAAUAUCUUAUAAUAUAAUCCUCUAUUAACAAAACUCAAAUUAAGUCAGUUGAUAAACACAGAAAAUAUUGGAGUAAAGUCAGAUCAAAUUUGGAAGGAAUAUCAAAGAAAAGGAUUACUAAUUCAGAUGAAUCAUUGUAAUGACUAAGCCCUUAUCCUACUCAAUUAAUUUUAAGAUAAAUAAUUAAGUUAAAUUGAUAGAACGAUAUUAAAAACCUGUUUCAAAGAAUGGGAUGUUUUUUUAUUACUUAAAGAUUUUCUCAUAAAUGAAAAACAUCAAAAUAUCUCUUUUACAUUUGGAUCCUAUUUAAAAAGCAAAUUAGAAAUUCAAGGAUAAGAACUUGAAUAAAAUGUAAAUAUAGUGGCGAUUAACAAUAUAAAAAAGUUUUUAGGUUUUUAUGUUUCUAAUAAGUUACUAAUUUUAAUUCAAAUAAAUACUGAGAAAUUGGAAGAAGCAAUUAAACUUUGUAGAAACUUUACAUAAGAUAAGUAAUAUGAUGAAAAUUUAAAAUUAAAAAUUCUUUCACAAUAAAUACAAAAAAUUAUUCAAAAUUUAGACAUCUACCUUUAAAACACAUAGGUGCUUCUUAAAAUUAUGAGACUAAAUUAAAGCAAAUAGAAAAAUGGAGAGGAAGUUAAGAAUUUUGAAAAAUUUAAUAAACUGUUGAGACUAUAACAAAUAUUAUAAUUAUAUAUCAUUUUAGAUUAAGAUUAAAAUUAAGAUUAAGGAAGUCAAACACAACAUCAAAAGAUAGUAAUUGCCAACAAUGAUAUUGAGGAGUGGAGAAAAUUAAUUUUCGAUGAGUUAAAUAACAUUGAUUUUAAAGAAGAUAAAUUUUCAAGUCUGCAGUUAACAUCAAACCUACAAAAUAGUAAAAAAAAAAUUAGGAGAGAAGUUGAAAAUUUGAUUGAAAAUUAUUAGAAAGAAAUUUAAAAAUUAGAAUUAUCUUAUAUUCAAAAUGACUUAUUGCAAUAUUUUUAGAUCUUAGUCAAUAAUCUAAAUUUAAAUUAUGAAAACAAGUAUUAUGAAUUUUAAAACCAUUUUUCAGAAUAUUAUAAAUACCUUCAAGGAAUUAUGAUCAUUAUGUCUAAAAUUGAGACAGUCCCGUCAAGGGUUGAUCUGAAAAAAGUUAAAUAAGCUCUUUCUGAUUUGCAGUUGCUAAAAUUUCUAGAAAAAUUAAGGUAAAGCAAUUUAAAGCUAAAAUUAAAUUUGGUUGCUUCAAAGAAGUCUUUUUCAUUUUUAUUAGAAAAAGCAAAAUUAGAGGAAUUAAGAAAAUUGUCUGAAAUUAUAAAUCUUAAUCGGUUUCUAUUCAAUAUAAUUGAAGAGUUUCCAGAAAGAAUUAUGACAAAAAGGACAAAUUUUGAUAGAUUAAUUUACACUGAAUUACAAAAUAUUGAAAUCACAGGAGAUGACUUUGAAUUUAGGUUAUCGAAGUAAAAAGGUAUAAUUAAAUCCCUCCUAUUUAAAUAAAGUUUAAAUGAAAAACAGUUUGAAUAAGUAGGAAAUGAUUUAGAGAUGUUUGAGAAGGAAUUUGGAGAUUAAUUCACCAAAUAAUCUUUUUCAUUGUAGAAAAUUUAGAAAAUUUUUUAAGAUUUAGAAGUUGAUAAAUCUAAAGAAAAGAUGGAAAAAAAAAAACUAAAUUCAUUAGAAAUAAAAUUGGAAAAAGAAAAAUAUGAAAUGUUUUUGUCUCAAUUAAAAGAAAUUGAAGAUUUUAGAAAAUUUUUAUAGAUUGAAAAUUGGAACAAAUUAAAACAAUAAACAGAAACGGUGAUUCAAACAUUGGAAAAAUUUGAAUGCCCAAACAAGACCAUUUUUUUAAAGUUAAUAAAUUUAGAGCUAAACCAAUUACAAACUCUAAUAAGCUAAUAACAAAUAAAUCAUGAAGAAUAGUAAGUUUAGAUAUCUCCAAUAAGACAUGAGAGAGUUGAUGUGAUAGACAAUGAUAAAUGCUUUUAAAUUGAAUUAAUUUAAUAGAUUCAUUUAGAGGCAGGAAAAAGUGAAAAUGUUGUUGAUACCACUUAAAAUGGCUAGAAAUUUAAUUUUUCGAGCAAUGAAAGCUAUAGAGUUUACCUAUCAUUCAUAACAAAGGUAGUAAAGAUAAAAUAACUAAUAAUGAAAGAAGAGAUGGUGCUAUUAAGCAAUUUACUUGAAGAAGUUACUUUUUUUUCUAAUACAUUUUGUUAAAUUGAAAAGUAUGAAAAAACAAUUUAAACUGAAUUCUAAGACAAAUUUUAAGAUGGGAUUAAAGAAUUUAUUAAAAAGUUAGAGUAAUUACAAUUUUCAUAUGUUAAUUUAGAAUAGAAAAAAGAUGAAAAUUUUCAUUCAUAUAUGGAAAGUUUGGAAAUCAAGUUAUUUAAUAGGGAAAAAGAUCAAGUGGCGACUCAAAUUAAGAUAAACAUCUUUGAUUUUCUUGAUUGCUUAGAAUUUUAUUUAUUAGAAAAAUUAGCCUAAACAAGAUGUUUUUCAAACUUCAAAAUCGAAUAAGAUUUUCUAAUCCAAUAAAUAAAAAAAUUAUACUGUGAAGAAAGCAGUGAAGAAUUUGAAAAAGAAGAAGAAUCAAAUUUAUUAGAUAAUUUGGUUCAAAGGUUCUAAGACUUUAAAAAUAAUGAAUAAUGGAAAAUUAAAUAGGGUUUAGUGUUUACUAUAAUUUAGAUUUCAACUAAUUGUUUUUCAGAUUCUAUAACUUCUUUUUGUUAGAAGGUCUUAAUCUAAUUAUGGGUUUAAGAAAAAGAUCAAAGAAUUCGAAAUUUUUUAAAGAAUUAACAACUAAUAAGCAUGUAAAUGUAGAUUUUGUAGAAAGAUUGGUCUACCUAACAUGAUAGAAUUGCAAAGAAGAUGUAGGAGAUGUUGAGAAGGAUUGAUGAAUUGUAAGAAUAAAUUUCUCAUGAAGCUAAUCUUAAUAAGCGAGAUCUCUAUUUGAAAGAACUAGAUGAAACAACCGAGCAAUUGGAUUAAUAAAUUGAAAAUAUAAGUGAAAUGGGUUAAUAACUUAGACUGAUAACUGAUUUUGUUAAUCAUAUCCGAAAAGGUUUAAUUAGAAUAGAAGGUAAAAUCAAUGAAAUGAAGGAAUAACUGAAUACAAUUGGUAAUGAUAUUAAAUUUUUGAGAGGAAAAUCUAUUGAGUAGCUAUUUGAAAUUAGAAAAUGGAAAGUGUUGAAAGAAGCAGCCUACAAAAAUGCUAAGUCAAUUUAUGUACCAUUACAAACCCAAGAGAUAGGGAAGGAGGAGUGGAGCAUUUUGAUGAAUUUCGAAAAUUUAAAUGAUCCAGGAGCAGAGGUGAAUGAGUUUUUAUUACAAGAGUUGCCUGAGGAAAAAAAAACAGUCUUAUUGAUACAUGGUUAAGCUGGAUCCGGCAAAAGUACUACAGCAAAGAAAAUAGAAGAAUUUAUAUGGAAAUUACAUAAUAACAAUUAAAAAAUCAGAAAUCAAGUGCUCAUACCUGUUUAUAUCUCAUUGCCUUCUUUAAAAAACCCAGUUUUUCAAGCUGUAGAUGAGGCACUGCGUCAAGAUGAGUAUGGUUUUGACUGGCUCUAAUUAAAAGAAUGUAAAGAGUUGUUGAAAAAGAAGGAAUUCAAAUUUUUAUUGAUAAUGGACAGUUAUGAUGAGAUGAAACUAGAGCAUAUUCAAAAAAAUUUAUAUUUAAGUAACAAAGUAAAUUCGAUUUGGUCAAAUCCGCUUGUUAUCUUUACAACUAGAAGUGACAUUUUUACAAGUAGGAAUUAUACCACAUGGUUUUAACCAGAAAAAAAGGAAGAAUUGAAAGAAGUUUAGCUUCUAAAAUUUAAUGAAGCAUAAAUGAAGUAAUAUCUAAAAAAAUACACAAUUUAGACUAUUAAAAUGAAAAUUUUUGAAGUAUAUGAACAGUAUAUAGAAAUUUCCAAUCGAGGAGUUGUUGAUAUUAAGAAGUUUGAUUUUUGUUGGGAGAAAUUCAUCUCAUAAUUUUAGAUAUCCGAAGUAACUAGUGAAAAUCUUUUGAAUGAGAAAUAAAUUGAGAGCAUAUUAUAAUUUCUUUAAGAUGAUGAGCUAAUAGCAUUAAAAAGUAUUGAAGCUUUGAGAAGUUUAAGAAUAAAUUUACAAAAACUUUGGAGUUUUGAAAGAUAUGAAUAAAUCAUAAGGAAAAUAAACUUAAAUCAGUUGGUGGAAACUCCUUAUAUGAUGGAAAUUGUGGUUUAAGUAUUGCCAGAUAUGGUGACUAAAGCAACUGAGAUAAAUAAUGUGAAAUAAAAUUUUCUUAAGAAUUUCCCAAAUAUGCUUAAAGUAUUUUAAGAUAGUCAAUUUUUUAUCUAAAUGUAUAAAAUGCAUUAAAAAUAACUUAUAAAUAAGUAUAAUUUUGAGAUUGGAAAAGAAAAUUAUAAUACAAAUUAAGAGGAUACUUUUACAGAUUUGGAAAAUUUAGAAAUUAUUAAUUAUUAAGAAAUUACUCAAAAAAUUUGGAAUUUAUUAGAAGAAAAUUUAGUAACCAUUUAAUUUCAUACCACAAAAGAAGUAGACGAUCUCAAAACAAAACUAGCAAAAAUAAAUAUACCCAGCAUUUUUGUGUUAUCAAACAAUAUAUUUGAAAAAAUAGCAGAUUAGGAGGAAACAAUUAUCUCUGUUGUUUGUGACGCACUACAAUAAUACAAUCUAACAAGUUAUGACUUUUAUGAAGAGUUUAUUAAUUAGUAUCAUCUGACAUAAAUAGAAAAAUUGAAAAACUUAGGGAAAUCCAUAAAUAUUAGUAGCUUUGUUCAUGAUUUAAACAAAUUUUCAAUUGAACUUGCCAAAAAUAUGAGUUUUAGGCAAGUAACUUAAAUUUAGUAUUAAUAAAAAGGAUUAUUAUAUUUUGAGGAAAGAUUUGAAGAAGAAUGGUUGAAUUAAUUUUUUAAUGAUUAUUCUAAGAAUGGAAACUACAAAAAGGAUGUGAGGAGUUGCUCUUUAAUUAGAUAGAAAGGUGCAAAUUUUUCAUUUGUGCACAAGUCCAUUUAAGAGUUCUUGAUAGCAUCAGAUUUAUUAGAAGUGUUAGUUUUAUCUCAAAAUCUAAAUACCCAAAUAUUUAGUCGAAUUCUAUAAAUUUUAGUGAAAGAAAAAACAUAAUCUGUCAAUACUAUCAAAUGUAUUGAGAGUUGGAUGUAAUAAUCAAAAUGUGGCACUUUCAAAACAAUUAUGCAAUAAACUUUGAAUAUUCUUUAAAUUAUAAGGAGACACGAGUUAAAUAAGAUUGAUUAUUCAACUAUUAUAUACAAAGAAACAAGAAAAUAUAUGAUAUCAAAAAUAUAAAAAAAAGAAUAAAUAAUAGAAUUUUUGAAAUUUCUUGUUUAUUUAACUGCAUUCGAUACAAGUUACAUAAUUUGUGGCUCAAACUCACUUAAUUUAUUAGUUGAGAUGUAAGUUGAUCUAACUAGUCAUAAUUUUGAGAAAAUAAGGAUCAAAAAUACUUCCUUGAUAGGAGGUAAUUUUGCUAAAUGUAAUUUAAGCUAAUCUGAAUUUGAUAAUGUGAACAUAAAUGGAAUUAAUCUAAAUGGAGCAUAAAUGUUCCACUGUAAUUGGAAGAAUCUUUAGUCUAACGAUUUACAUUCAUUAAUUGGUCAUUCAAGUGCUGUUGCGUCAGUCAAUUUCUCUCCUGAUGGUACUAUAUUAGCAUCUGGUAGUUAUGAUAACUCUAUCCGUUUAUGGGAUGUUAAGACAGGAUAAUAAAAAGCCAAAUUAGAUGGUCAUUCAAAUUAUGUUAUGUCAGUCAAUUUCUCUCCUGAUAGUACUACAUUAGCAUCUGGUAGUUAUGAUAACUCUAUCCGUUUAUGGGAUGUUAAGACAGGAUAAUAAAAAGCCAAAUUAGAUGGUCAUUCAAAUUAUGUUAUGUCAGUCAAUUUCUCUCCUGAUGGUACUACAUUAGCAUCUGGUAGUUAUGAUAAGUCUAUCCAUUUAUGGGAUGUUAAGACAGGAUAAUAAAAAGCCAAAUUUGAUGGUCAUUCUAAUACAGUUUAUUCAGUCAAUUUCUCUCCUGAUGGUACUACAUUAGCAUCUGGUAGUUAUGAUAACUCUAUCCGUUUAUGGGAUGUUAAGACAGGAUAAUAAAAACCAAUAUUAGAAGGGCAUUCAAGGUGUGUUAGAUCUGUUUGUUUCUCUCCUGAUGCGAAGAUGAAUCAAUCCUUUUAUGGAAUGUUCAGACAAGAUAAUAAAAAACCAAAUUAGUUGGCCAUAAAAAUAGAGUUUUUUCAGUCAACUUCUCUCCUGAUGGCACUAAAUUAGUUUCAGGUAGUGAAGAUAACUCUGUUCGUUUAUGGGAUGUUGAGACAGGAUUAGAGAUGGCCAAAUUAGAUGGUCAUUCAAGUGCUGUUGCGUCAGUCAAUUUCUCUCCUGAUGGUACUACAUUAGCAUCAGGUAGUGAAGAUGAACAUAUUCAU